AAGGUUGCGAUAAAAUGAGAGGAGGAGGAUGCAUGCUCACUUUGCUCCUACGGGGUCACUUCAAAACUUUUUUCGCUCACCUUUAUUUCACAACCAUAAAUUCUGACAACACAUGCUUUGGAGGAAGAAGAAUUAAAUGCCCUACUGAUUGCUUGGGAGCUUCAGUCACCUUUUCUGAAGGAUGCUGAAAAAGUGACACACAGUGAAGAUGCUGCUUUAUAUAAAGGUCAAAAUCAAACAAGUUGCAUGCACAAAAUAACUCCAGCAGUUACAGUACGGAAUAAUUCUGAUCAUUUUUGCAUUUCGCAUAUUCACAUGACAUUAGUGCAGUCACCUUUCCAACUGAAUGACAGCCAUGUUCAAACGAUGGCUGCUGGCCCUGCUGGCCCGGGUGGGCUCGGUGGUGGCGGGCCUCUGCUGUUGCGUGGCCCUACUCUACCUGUUGGCCUGUAGACCCGCAUCCAGAGACCCCCGUCGAGACCCCCUGUGGUCAUCAGGGACUACUAGCAAGGAAGGCUACAUGGCGCUGCUCCAGGAGAGGGAGGACUCCCACAGGCAUUACAUUGACAGCCUGAGCAAGCAGAUAGCGCAACUCAAGGAGGCUCUCCAGGACCGGACGCUGCAGCUACAGGAGUCGCUGGACAAAGCCAAAAUCAAAGGGAUCCUGCCUCAGGGCCUGGAGAGUCUGCACAAAACCCCCAUGCAGUCUGACCUAAAGGAGUUCUUCCGCUCACAGCUGAACCGUGCAGAGGUCAAUGCGGGCGUACCGCUACCCGACGAAUACGUUGUGAUUCCAUUUGACACCUUUACUCUGCGGAGGGUGUACCAACUGGAGACGGGGCUGACCAGGCACCCCGAGGAGAGGCCUGUGAGGAAGGACCGCAGGGAUGAGCUGAUAGGCAGUGUGGAGACAGCACUACAUGUCCUGAAUGGACCUCAGCAACACGUGGACACCAGCAGGAGGAAGCGCACCUUCUCCCCGUCAGACUUCAUUGAGGGGCUGACCCGCACCGAGCGGGACAGGGGGACUGUGUAUGAGUUGAUAUUCAAAGGCGACGGGCCGCGGGACUACGCCAAGACGGUUCUCUUCAGGCCUUUCGGUCCUUUGGUUAAGGUGAAGAGCGAGCGAGUGGACACAAGCGGCAUGCUCGUCAACAUCAUCGUACCGCUUUCCAAGAGGGCGCACACCUUCCGCCAGUUUGUCCACAACUUCAGGGAGGUAUGCAUUCAGCAAGAUGGUAAUGUCCAUCUCACAGUGGUCUACUUUGGGCGUGAGCAGAUUGACCAGGUGAAAGCCGUGCUGGAUCAGACAACCAAGGAGACCCGCUUCAGGAGCUUCACGCUGAUCCAGCUCAAUGAGGAGUUCUCGCGUGGGCGGGGCUUAGAAGUGGGCGCCAGGGCCUGGAGGCGAAGCCAUAAUGUUCUGAUGUUUUUCUGUGAUGUUGACAUCCACUUCACGGCAGACUUCUUGACUUCCUGUCGCCUCAAUGCAGAGCCAGGUAAAAAGGUGUACUACCCAGUCCUCUUCAGCCAGUACAAUCCAUCCAUCAUCUACAGUAAUUACACUCAUGUACCAUCUAUCCAGCAACAACUGGUGAUAAGACGCGACACGGGUUUCUGGAGAGAUUUCGGCUUUGGGAUGACGUGCCAGUACAGGUCGGAUUUCCUCAACAUAGGUGGUUUUGACCGCAGCAUUAAAGGCUGGGGGCUGGAGGAUGUGCACCUCUACAGGAAGUAUCUACACAGCAAACUGAUGGUGGUGCGCGCUCCGUCGCGUGGCCUCUUCCACUUGUGGCAUGAGAAGACGUGCACUGACGAAUUGCCACCGGACAAGUACCAGAUGUGCAUGCGGACCAAAGCCAUGAGCGAGGCCUCACAUGGGCAACUGGGAGAGCUGCUCUUCAAAGCAGACAUCCAAGCGCACCUCGAUAGGAACAGUAGAAUCUCUUGAAGUGUUGGACAUUGAACACAUAGUUAACUGAAAUCAAAGACAACAUUUCCAAUGGGUCUUAAUAAAAUGUCUGUGUCAUGCUUUUGUACAGUAGUUCAAGCAUCAA